AUGUUGAUUUGUCAAACGUCAAGAACAGAAUCCCACCAGGCUGUCUCGCCUUGCUCCUCCUUGCGCCCCCCUUCCGAUCCGCGCGCCAAUAAGACACGUGGAAUCCACGUUGGAUCUCACCGACACGUGGGACUUGCGGGUUGCGCAAUUGCCGCUAGGUGGAGUAAGCUGUGCCUGGGGAGUAUGCCCUGCCUGCUACACCGGCUCGUCGUCACUCCCCGGAAGAAGGGCUUUGAUGCGCCCGUCCCUGAACGAAUUUUUUCACAGGUGCAGCAAGGUUAUUCGGCGGGUCAGUUUGAAGUAAACGUGGACAUUCCAAAGAAUGUUGCUACUGAUGUUCACCUUGGGGAAAAAUAUGAUUUCCUCGUCGUCGACCAAGGGCAUGUUGUUGAAAAUCGUUCCACUCAUGCUCAGGGAUUCAAGGUUUGCAAGAAUUCCCCUUCUCCGAGCAAGUUGCCAACCCAUCGCAUCCAACUUCACGGGCAACUGAUAGAAAUCGAGACAGUGACGUUGUUUGACGAAACCUUCGACGAUACUCGUUCAGAGCUGUUUGUUCCUUUUUCCGCAAUGCGUGCGUUUCUCCUGAAACUGAAUUUCGGUCUCCGAGACCUUUCGUAUAUGGAAUUGGAACGACAUGAUGCGACACACCCUGGCCCAAGAUGCGGUACAAAUCCGAGUCAAAAGACAGUGUCGUGUUAUUUCGAAAGGUUCGGAAACGAGUGUAUUACUGAGGGGACGCAGUUUCGACUCCAUGUUCAUAAAGAGGAAAAAGGGGUGAAAGUUGGCGAAGUUUGCCCGAAGCAGUCGAGGUUGGAGAGUAUUUUCUCCAUCUUCCAGUGUCCAUCCGGAGACUUCAUACUGAGCGGGGUUGGGAAGAAGAACCAACGCUUCGGUUUUUUCCUAUUCGUCAAUAAUGACGUUUUACCAUUUGAUGAGGAAGGCAUGCGUGUUUUGAGACAUGGCGACAUCAUCAAAGGACUUUUCUGCAAAAUUCCUACUUUCAGGAUCAUGUUCCUCCUCAGUGACAGCAGUCACGUCAGAGAAACGCAGACUUCGCUCCUUCUGUCCAGCCCUUGGCUGGUUCUCAAGAAUAUCGCAAAAUUUCUGCCACCAUUUGAAAUGAUGCGAGACGUUGUUCCUGUGUGUCGGCAGUUCUUUCACUUGAUGAGGGAUGGAAGCAGUUGGACACGUGUGGAGUUUUGUCUUAAGGAUGGAAUGCAAUGUCCGCCAUUCGGGCACUUCCAAGACUUCUGCAACGUUGUAUAUAAGCAUGUGCGGAAGCUUUCACUGAAGUUCAAUUUUGACCCUGAACUGGAACCGCUCUGGCCACGGAACAUUUUACGACCAAUUUUCCAACAUCAUGAUUGGAGUAAAUUAAAGGUGCUCGAAGUCGAUAAUUUGGACACCAACGAAGAGGCAUGGUCGGAAUUUCUCAGGAGGAGUGGCAAGAAGCUCAUUCACCUGGAAAUGCUCUCCGUGUUAGAGGACAUUACUCUAGCGGAUCUCUUAUUGGAAGCUUCCAAAGCUGGGCACGUCUUGUUUCCCAAUUGUCGGGAAGUGCGUUUGCGGUUGAAGAAACUGCAUCUCAAUCAUGCUAUUCUACAUGACACAGAACGUUUAAGGUCGAAUUUGGUUCUGCUGCGGGAUCCGCACUUGCGGCAGUUCCCUGAUUUUCUGGGUUCUGGUGUGCUUUCGAGUCUUCAUACCUACCAGUUGCCCGUUAAAUUGGAUGCGGGAGGUUGGAAACUUGCUCGGAAAAUGGGAAUAUUUGCAAACCUCGAAUCCCUGAGCAUGAGUGGAGAGAUCUUCAACAACAUGCCGCCGGCUAAGAAGAAAAUCAUCUAUUUCCCGAAGUUGAAAUCACUGUGGCUGGAAGAUGCCUCACCAAUUGCUGCAUGUCGUCAUUUUCCGUUGAUGCCAUCAUUGGAACACCUCUGGAUCAGGAAUGCUGUUAGAGAAGAAACUUCUAUAAAACCUACACAAGAAGUUCUACAAGCACUGCAAGUCUUCAAUUCAAGUCCAAUCGAGUGGCUGGAAAAUCUGAAAUGUGUCUCUGCUGACGUUUGGGAGACAUACAUUCCGUAUUCGAACAUGAUCAACUUGGAAUGCGUAGCUCUUUUCUUCCAGCACAAAACCGUUGAGAAAAGUCCUGGAGGCGUCUUCAAAGAGCUUCGGUCCUGCUCCAAGCUGAGAGGUCUGAUUCUGAAGGUGCCAGAUAAUCUCCCCUUGGAAACUAUUGGUCAGUUGUCACAGCCGUUGGAAUUCAUUGCGUUUCCGGGAACCAAACUCAACAAGGCAUGGUCUGUGCUACGUCAACUCAGCCACUGUAAGGAUUCUUUGGAGGAUCUUUGGAUUGAAGUGUGUAACUUCAAGGAAGGGAAGAAAAUUCUCCGGGCUGUGAAGGCGUUCAAGCGACUGAAGAAUAUAGUGUUGUUUUCGAAAACUGACGAGGAAAGCGGCGAAGGGCUUCCCGAAACUAUGCUAGGCUGCCUCGGACCAGUGUCUUCUUUGUAUCAAGCGACUUUCGUUUGUGAGUUCGGACCAGAUCUAGGUCACAAGUACAUCACUUGCGACGUCAAACAGCAAACGAGCUCGGAGUUCUCAUCCAGAUUCGUCACGAGAUUUUACUCCGAAUGGCUUCGACUUGUGCCUAACCAGUUGGUGCAGGGUAAGCUUUCGGUAUUCGAGGCGAUUUCGGCCAUUUUCAAUCCGCGGCUUGAUAGACCAACGAUGCAACCUCGUCGUGCCGUAUUGCUCCUAGAUUUUGAUAGCUGAUGCACAGGAUAUCCGUCGAAUAUAAAAAUGUAGCAGUUGGUAUCCGUGAAUAAUCUAAACUUCCUGAAGAAUUUAGGGUUUCUUAGCUCUUGUGUCCUCCAACCGAAAUCAUCAAAAAAGGAUGGAUUCAUUUGAUUAAUUUUCUGCUGAGAUGUCUAACAAGUGUGUGAUGAAAUGCGUAGAAGACGCAUCCUCUUUGUUCCAACCACGUUUUAAAAUCGUGGUAAGUGCGCCGUAUGCAGUAUUCGAGGAAUUGUGGCUCUUCCCUUGAUCGCCCCCUCUCGUUGAAAUAUUUUGAAGAAUAGAGAAAAGUUGUAAAUCAUUUUCUUACAAUGUUUGUGUGGCCUUUUUUCAUUUGAGUGAGGAAUGUAAUAAAAUCUUUGUUUGGGAAAAUUGAAACGCAGGCGAUUUUGGCCAUCUUUAAUACACGGCCUUGAUGAGCCAUCAUCACAGUUUUGUUCUGCCUUCUUGCUCUUGAGUACUGUAACAGACUUAUUAGUUUCCCUGAAUCUAAGUGAUGAAAAAACUGACUUGCUCAUGAUAUACGGUACAUCUUUCGUUUAAGCAGUUGCUAACUGUGAAUAAUCUAAACUUCUAAAAAUCCUGAAGAAUUCAGGGGUCUUGAUUUUUUUUCCUCGAACUGAAAUCAUGAUGAAGGGAUAGACUUGUUUGAAUGAUUUUCGGUGAUGCCAGCCUGGAUAGAAUUUUGUUGUCGGAUAACGACGAGCGAUUUCACUUGAGUAAUGAAAUGUGUUUAAGACGCAUUAUUCUGUAUCUUCCCACCACGUUUUGAAAAAGUAAUAAGUGCGCCGUAUAUUUGAAGAAUUGCGGCUCUUCACUUGAUCCUCUGUCGUUGAAAUGCUGUAAAGAAUGUAGAAAAAUUGUGAUUAAUUUGUUUACCAUGUUUGGGUGGC